AUGUGGCCCAACAAUCCUUUUCUUCGUGGACUUCUCUUUCUGCUCGUGGCCUUGACCUUCUACAUGGUAUUGCGAGUUCCGAUGGAACGAUUGCCCCAAGAGAUGAUACAAGUUCUUCUCAAGCACUCGCGUGAACGUGGAUAUGAAAGAAUGGAGCGUGUUUUACUCGUGAUUCAGAGUAUGACCCAUGAGAUGAUGAGGCUAGACAAUCAUCCCGAUGAAAUGAAACAACAACCACCACAACCACAACAAACUCCAUCAUCCAUGAAUGAUUCUCUUCUCAUCUCGGAAAUCAUUCAAAACAACAAUACUCAAUGCCAACAAGAAUUGAUCACACACAUCAUCACGCUCAAUUAUGCUACGGAAUUUUACUCGAGUUUAUUGUCCAAUUCGGGUUCUCAGAGUGAGCACGAACAAAAGGCUUCUCGCAUCGUACAAGACCUCAUUACGGAAUAUGCCAACACCACCACAGACAAGUGCGGUACAAAUCAUUCCAUUCCAAUACUUAGUUUGGGAAUUCAAUUGAACUCGAGGAAGAAUUGA